AUGUCGUCCUCAGCGAUAUCCAGCCCUCAACCCUCAUCAAAUCCAAGCCGUGACCAAGUUCUCGAGGCAGCCAGAGCCAUUGGACAAACUCUCAAAACACAAACCUAUGCCAUUGUGGGUGGUGCAUCAUGCUCGAUUCUUGGCUCUAUGCGGACCACCCACGAUGUUGAUAUUGUAGUUCCCAAAGGAGCCACAAAACAAGCCAGGAUGCUGCUCAAAAACGACGCUGAGUUAUACGAUGUUGAUAAUAAGACGCUGCAUACUUACUAUAAGAGCAAUCCGCCCGUCGAAAUCCAGAUCCUCGCAUCACCAUCCUUGUUUCAAGAGACCUUUGAUGAAUCGACACCUGUCAUUACGAUCGACGGUAUCAAUGUUUUGAAACCGACGCUAAUACUGAAUGCCAAAUGUCGUUCUAUCCUCGGGCGUAGAACCGGAGAGAGAAAACUCGCCGAUGCAGCAGACAUCCAAUUUCUUCUCGGCUGGUGUUCCACAAAUAAUUGUAUUCCUACUGCAGCAGAAGUACCAAAUGCCAGCAAGGAAUUUAUUGAAUGGUUUAUUCAGGGGUUUGGCAAUGGGCCAAUGCUAGAAUUGGCUUUGAAACUUGGAAUUACGAAGGCCAAUGCCGGACCUUGA